AUGGCCCCAAAAUCAGGAGUUCUCGUCCCGUUGUACAUCUACCCUCUGUCCACGACGACAUGGGCUCCACUCUACGACGCGAUCACUGCCCACCCCGAUCUAGACUUCCUGGUGGUCGUCAAUCCCAACAGCGGGCCGGGCGACCUCCCUUCCCCGAACAAGGAUUACGCCCGCGAGGUCCCUAAGCUCAAUGCGUUCCCCAAUGUCUACACCGUCGGCUACAUUCGUAUCCACUACUGCGAUAAGCCUUUGGAGAAGGUCUACCAGGAGAUCGACCGGUAUGCGAGUUGGUCCGCCUGCGAUGGGUUAGGGUUAGGGGGGAUUCUGCUGGAUGAAACGCCAAACCAUUAUUCGGAGGCGAGGGAGGAGUACCUGCGUGCUUGUACAGGGUUUAUCAAGGGGAAUCAAGGAAUUUUACGCGAUCGGAUGGUCGUCCAUAACCCAGGCACCCCCCCCGACGCAGGGUUGGCCAACACCUGUCCGGAUCUGAUUCUGACCUGCGAAGAGCCGUACGAGAGGUACAGAUCCGACGAGGUGCAGCAUCGCCUGGCCGAACUGCCCUAUGAUCGGGUCCGAUGCGGGUACAUGAUCAAUGCGGUGCCUGUGGGCGAGCUGACGGGCCUGGUGCGCGAAUUGCGCGAUCGCGCGACGUAUGUCUUUGCCACGGAGGUGGAGGGGGAUUUCUACGAGCGAUUUGGACCAACCAGCUGGAAGCAGUUGAUGCAUGCGCUGAAACGGGAUUCAGAUUCGGAGACCGUGUAG